AAGUCAUUUUGUCUAGUUAACAGUAUAGAGUGGUAAGGUCGGUGAUCGUCCUGGGAAGAGAGAGAGUCAAGGCGGUGGGCGGAUCAGUGGGAGCUGUAGUGUUUGUCUCUCAUUACUUCAUCUUCAGCCAAUAUGAUUCGAUUCAUAUUGAUUCAAAAUCGUGCAGGAAAAACCCGCUUGGCAAAGUGGUACAUGAAUUUUGAUGAUGAUGAGAAACAGAAGUUGAUUGAAGAAGUACAUGCAGUAGUCACAGUGAGAGAUGCCAAGCACACAAAUUUUGUUGAGUUUCGAAACUUCAAGAUUGUGUAUCGCCGUUAUGCUGGCUUAUAUUUCUGCAUCUGUGUAGACAUUGCUGACAACAAUCUUGCAUACCUAGAAGCCAUACACAACUUUGUGGAGGUACUGAAUGAGUACUUCCAUAACGUCUGUGAACUUGAUUUGGUAUUCAACUUUUAUAAGGCAUACAGUGUAGUAGAUGAAAUGUUUCUUGCUGGUGAGAUCCGGGAGACAAGUCAAACUAAGGUGCUGAAACAGCUUUUGAUGCUAAACUCUCUAGAAUAACCCAUACCCAGGGUGAUUAAGGUAUGGCACCCCAUAUAACUCUUCAUCUUUAUGGAACUGUGAGCUUUUGUUCACUAUGCCCAGCAGCUCUUGUUGUUGCCUCCAUGUGGAACUAGUGCACAAGAUACCCGGACCAGUGAACAAGUAGUUGUGGAGUUCAACUCUUUUGUCAUUUGGUGUAGUGGAUUCUGCGAGGAUGUACAUCUCAUCAGAGUGUGAAAUAGCUCUAUAAAGCCAUCAAAAGGUUGCAUUUCAGAUGUGUUCAUUGUUUUACACAAAGUUUCCAUCCUUUAGAAUGGCCUGAAGACUAAAUAGCACUUACGAGAAUGUGUAAAAAUGUAUGUACAUGUUUUACCAUAAUUGUUAUUAUUUAAUUUAUGUCACAUCAUGUACACAACUUAUUUUCUCACAUCUUCAGCUAAGUUAAAUGUGUUCAUUGAUAUGUAUAACAUUUUAUUAUAGAAUCAAAGUAUUGCAUAAGAAUUUAUUUUAUUUUUAUUAGUUUUCUAUUCCCCCCCGUACCUAUAAUGUAGGGAUACAUUCCAUCUCUUAUAGUCAGCAAAAGUUUAGCAUUAUUUUUAACUACAAAAGGUUUCAACAUGAAAAAAUUUUGAAAUGUAUUAAUAUUUUCAGCAUUGCUGAAUAAGAAAUUUAGAUUAAUUUCUGUUCAUGUGUAUUUACCUCAGAAUUGUUUAUGACCUUCAUAUAAAUUUGUUAAGCAGUAGCAUCAGCUGCUUAUGAUGCAGUAGCAGUGUGACAGACACAUUGUUUGUACAGAAUGUUGUGAUUAUUUAGAAUAAAAGUUGGUGUAUGUAGUAGAAAAGUUGAGAUACUGUAUUAAUAUAUAGAUGGACUUCAUUGCAGAAUUAUUGUAUUACAUAUGGCAAAACUUCAUACCUCAGAAAACUAAGACAGAUGUAGUAAAGCCAAGAUAGAUGUUGGUAGCAUCUGUGAACGGUUGUGUAACAGAGCUCAAGUAUGUUUUUAAGGGAUCACAUCAUCACCUGUGGUGCUGGGGUACCUUUUUCAUGCUCUGUGUUUUGGGCUUGUUAAACUUAUUAGUGUUUAUAACACACUGGAUAUUUUUCAGUGACUGGCCUAAUUUCAGUCUUUUAAAAAGAUCAUUUGUCAAAUUAUUUAUGAUAAAGUUUCUUUGAGGAUUUAUGAGAUUAUACAUCAACAUAAGUGCCAUUAACUCAAAUGAGGAAGCAUUUACAUUACUGUAAUAUGGAAUCUACCUUUAGCUCCAUCACACUCAGUUUUGCUGAAGUAAAACACUCGUACUUUUCACUUUAUUACAGUUAACAAAUAUAUGUCAAGUGGCUAUAUUUGUAUGGUCUAAUGUUAUUAGACUUUACAUGCAGACUCAUAAUUUUUCAGUAAACCUGUGUACUGUACUGUACUGCACUGUACUGUACUGCACUGCACUUGAACUAGGUUGAUGUGAAAAGUGACUUGUACCAUAUCAUGUAAACCAGUAAUAAACAUGAUAUUUUGGUAGUUUAUUGUUGUCUGAUAUUGAAUUAAUUUAUUUAGUGUUAAUGAUAUUGGUUAAAACAGCUGUGAAGAUGUACUAGUUUCUUUUUUUAGAUUAACACCACAUCAAAAAUAGUUUUUUUUUGUUUUGUUUUUUUUAACAUUAUCUUGUACAAUGAUAAAGGUCUUACACAUUUGAAUGUGAAAUAUAUUGUCAAUGAAGUUAUUUUCUUUGACUAUUUUAUAUAGGAAAAUUUAAAUGAAAUGAUAAGUUUUAUGAGACAAAAAUAGUCCGUGAUACAAUGAGAAAUAUUGUUAUAUAUUGUUAUGAGACACUGUUAUCGACCAUCAGUGUUAACUCCGAGUGUAUUAUAAAAUGCUACCACAAAGAUACUAUUGCCUUUUAAAGUGUAUUGCAUCACCUGUGAGAACAGUUCUCAUUUCAUCCAGAAAACAUUUAGGGAACUCAUCCAGGGUGUAUGCUUAUGAAGGACUUCCUGUAAUUAUUAGUUGUUGAGUGAAAUGGAAUAUUAUAAAAAGGUAUGUGAAUA